CGAAAACCCAGCCUACAAGACGCUGAACUAAACUCCGCCCUCCAUCCUUAUCUGUAGCCUACAUAACACUUUCAGAUUUCGCAACUAAACAUUUCUGCUGUCGGUGUAACAGACAGACAGGAUGAGUCGUCGCGUUGCAGUGAUCGGAGGCGGGAGCUCAGGUCUGGCCUGCAUCAAGUCCUGUCUCGAUGAGGGCCUGGAGCCUGUGUGCUUCGAGUCCAGCGAUGACAUCGGAGGGCUGUGGAGGUUCAAGGAGAACCCAGAGCCAGACAGAGCCAGCAUCUACCACUCUGUCAUCAUCAACACCUCCAAGGAGAUGAUGUGCUUCAGUGACUACCCCAUCCCCAGCCACUUCUCAAACUACAUGCACAAUUCCCAGAUCAUGGAGUACUUUCGCAUGUACGCCGACCACUUCAAUCUGACCAAGCACAUCCGUUUCCAGACCAGGGUGCUACAGGUGCGUCAGAGACCAGACUUCUCCCACUCCGGCCAGUGGGAUGUAGAGACGGAGAACAAGGAAGGAGAGAAGGAGAGGCUUGUUUUCGAUGCUGUGAUGAUCUGCAUCGGACAUCACUGUCACCCCCAUCUUCCUCUGCAUGACUUCCCUGGCAUCGAUACGUUCAAGGGAACGUUCUUCCACAGUCGGGACUACAAGUGCCCAGAAGAGUGGAGAGGGAAGAAGGUUGUGGUGAUCGGCAUCGGGAACUCAGGCGGAGACAUCGCUGUGGAGUUUAGCAGAGUCGCUCGACAGGUGUUCCUGAGUACCAGGCGAGGGUCAUGGGUUUUGAACCGUGUGGGGGAUUAUGGGUUACCCCUGGACAUGCUUUUUGGAAGGCCUGCCAUUUUUCUCAGAGGAAUUCUGCCUUUCGGGAUGAUCUGCUCCCUGGUAGAGGGCCGACUAAACAAAAGAUUCAAUCACAGUCUGUAUGGCCUGAAGCCCAAACACAGGGUGUUCAGCCAGCAUCCCAUGCUGAACGACGAGCUGCCAAACCGGAUCCUCUCCGGGACCGUGAAGGUGAAGCCCAACAUCCAGAGGAUCCAGGGAUCCAGUGUGGUGUUCUCCGACGGGACGGUCGAGGAUGACAUCGACUUGCUGGUGUUUGCCACAGGCUACAGUUUCUCCUUCCCUUUCCUGGCCUCUGAGGUUUUCUCUGUGUCUGGAAACAAGGCGUCCCUGUACAAGUACAUGUUCCCUCCUGGGUUAGAGCGCCCCACGCUGGCUGUUAUCGGGCUGGUGCAGCCACUAGGGGCUAUCAUGCCCAUCUCUGAGAUGCAGGCCCGCUGGGCCACCCGUGUCUUUAAAGGUUUGAACAAGCUUCCUUCGAUGGCAAACAUGCUGAAAGACAUUAAGUUCAAGGAAGAGACGAUGGCUAAAAGGUACGUGAUCUCGCAGAGACACACCAUCCAGGUAGAGUAUGCACCGUACAUGGACGAGAUUUCCGCACAGGUGGGGGUGCGUCCCAGCCUGCUGAAGUUGUUGCUAACCGACCCCAGACUGGGUCUGGAGGUUCUCCUGGGGCCCGUCACCCCAUACCAGUACCGUCUGACCGGGCCGGGGAAGUGGGCCGGGGCACGCGAGGCCAUCCUCACACAGUGGGAGCGGGUGACCCAGGCCCUGAAUACCAGACCUGAAGAUACCCCGGAGCCCCCACGGUCCUCCACCCUCACGGUGGUCCUCUCCCUGUUGGUGGCCGGCCUGGCUACCACGGCCUUGUACUGCAGGGGCAGCCUGGCCGCCCUCCAGUGGGAACCCACUGCCCUGCUGGACAAGAUCAAGGUCUACCUGCCUGGCCCCUGAGCUGGGAGCCGCACCCUUAUCCACUCGGUGCAGAACCGCUAGCUGUCAGAUACCAUUCCCCUCUGUCUGUUGAUUCACUUGCUGUUGCUUUGAAAGAUAAUGCGUAGGUGGUUUUAUUAAUAGAAAGCUCAAAGAGCAACUAUAUUCAGUGCCAGGAACCCAAACAAACGAGUAGUUGUUGUUAGCAUGUUCCAGCUCUGGCACUUUGCUAGAGAGACCUGCUUAUUAGCACAAUGAGAUGCAAGGGACAGUUUUGCUCAUUUUUCUCAAGUACCCAUUUUGCUGCGUAGCCUAACUGAUAUGUUGACUUUGUGGUGUGAGGCUCAUUUAAAUGAUCAACAACUGAACAACUGUUAAUUUUUUGAAGCUUAUUUCUAUGAACCAAUAAGAGUGGUCGGAUGAGGCCUUCUCUUGUGCCUUUAAUAUUGAAAGAGCUUUUGCUGUUUUAAGUGCCAUUAAUUCUUUACAAGGGACACAAAAAAGGAUUAUGUACAACACAAAUGACCUCUCACCUCAUAUUGGACUGCUCUUCCCAAACAUAGUCUGCAAACAGGAACUAUGUCCGAUAACCUCUGUCAACAGGACCAUCCUGUUCUGUAAUGUAGCGUCUUAGCACUUCCUGUCUUUUUACACACGGCAAUUUCUUGUUUAUCUUUUUAAUUCUUAAUUAAAGUCACAAAGUAUUAAUAAUAAAUGUUUUCUUCUGAUCACAAAUAAAGGAACUGAGCAAAACAAA